UCCCAUCUACCCACAAAUCAUUCCAAAUCACACAGAACAAAAAGUAAUGGCAGUAAUCCGAGAGCGAAGACUCCCAAACAAAACCCUAACCCUCGAGCUGCCUAUCACUAACUGUACCACCGCCGCUGACUGCUGCCCGCACUUAACCUUAGCUCCUCUCCCGCCGGCCUUCCUUACCGAUCUCCGCCUAUCCGAUUUAGACAAGAUUAAGAUCCUCGGCCAUGGAAAUGGUGGCACUGUCUACCAGGUACGCCACCGCCUCACUGGCGUCCUCUAUGCUCUCAAGUCACUCUCGGUCGGUGAUUCCAUCCGCCACCGCCAGGUUUCCCGCGAGGUCGACAUCCUUCGAUUCACAGAUUCCCCCACCGUCGUCUGCUGCCAUGACGUUUUCUCCACUCCUUCCGGCGACAUCGCCCUCCUCCUUGAGUACAUGGACGCUGGAUCGCUCGAAUCUAUUCUUGCUGCUCGCAGCCGACGCCCUUUUCCAGAAGCAGCGCUGGCCGCUAUCUCCCGCCAGGUGCUCCUUGGUCUCUCGUACCUCCAUUCUCACCAUAUCGUCCACCGCGAUAUCAAGCCUGGGAACCUCCUCGUCAACGCCGCCGGGGAGAUCAAGAUCGCCGACUUCGGGGUUAGCAAGAUCAUUCGCCGAUCCCUCGACCCCUGUCUCUCAUAUGUUGGCACCUCUGCCUAUAUGAGCCCGGAGAGGUUCGAUCCGGAUUCCUAUGGUGGAAACUACGACGCCUAUGCUGCCGACGUAUGGAGCCUGGGGCUCACCGUGCUCGAGCUCCACCUCGGCCACUUUCCUCUGCUUCCUCCCGGCCAACGCCCUGAUUGGGCAACGCUCAUGUGUGCGAUCUGCUUCGGCGAGCCGCCGAAGAUGCCGGAGACAGUCUCCGGCGACUUCCGGGACUUCAUAUCACGAUGUCUACAGAAGGAAUCGAGUAAGCGCUGGUCAGUUGAGCAGCUUCUUGCUCACCCAUUCGUGGCCGGUCGGGACCAGUCGGAGUCCGAUCGGGCUUUCUGCGACCUCAUAUCUUCUUCGCCGCCGCCGGUAGAAUUUUGAGUCUGGAGUGAAGUGGUUCCCGGUUAUCUGGUUUUUUUUCUCUCUGUACAUUCAACUCCGGCGACAUUUCAUUGCCCGCUUCCUUUUCUAUUGUUUUUUCUUUCCUUUUUUUUUUCGAACCUAUUCAAUUGAAGAUACAUUAUUGCUAGUGAA